CUGAAAUGAGGACAGUAUAAAUCUUUGGUAAGGCAGCCUCUCCUACCUCCAGGGAUUUCCAAGGACAUAAUUUGAAUCACUUUCACAUUUUAUUCUUCUUAAGAACAAGAAUGGUACACUUAUGUUGUAGCAACAAUGUUCCCUCACAAAUAUGUGCCUGUUGACAAUGCUAUAAAUGAGAAGUUAUUGCGGGAUUUCAAAGGAGAGAAGUCAGGAUUUUGCCAAGUCGGAGACAAAAAAUGGCUGCUGCCAAUUGCUUAUAAAAACCAUGCUGAAGAAUAUUACACACUGCCUUUGCGAAAAGAUGAUAUUUGGGUUGUCACUUUUCCAAGAUCAGGGACUACAUUGACUCAAGAGCUUGUUUGGAUAAUUAACAACGAUUUGGAUUUUAAAACAUCUUUGUCGGUAUCCUUGCAAGACCGGUUUCCCUUUAUGGAAUUAAACACAUUGAUUCACGAUGAGCAUGCACAAGAGAUCAUCGACAUGAACAAUGACCCGGUUGUCACAGGACUGGUCAAAAGUUGGAAAACACCCGGUCCAAGAAUCGCUAAAGACCUCAAAUCGCCAAGACACUUUAAAACGCACUUGCCAUUCUCUCUGCUUCCGCCGAAUCUGCUCAACACGUCCAAAGUUAUUUAUGUCGCAAGGAAUCCAGAUGAUGUAGUAGCAUCUUACUACUACCAUAACAAACUUGUCAGGCUCCACGAUUACACAAAUGAUUUCCAGCAGUACUGGAAUUAUUUCAAGAAUGAUUUGGUUGUUUUUGCCCCAUACUGGAAACAUGUGGAAGAAGGUUGGAACAGGCGUUCUCAUCCAAAUUUAUUAUUUUUGUAUUACGAAGACAUAGUCAAGGACAUGAGGUCUGUUAUACGUAAAGUGGCUAGCUUUUUGGGUAAGACACUCAGCGAAGACAAUGUGGACCAGGUUUUCGCCCAUUUACAAAUAGAGAAUCUCAGGAAGGUCCCUAUGCUGACGAAUGCAAAUUUAGUGGGUUUUGUAAACGGCUCAGGAGAGGGUUUUAUCAGACAAGGUAAAGUUGGAGGGAAUAAGGAGUUAUACGGACAAUUGAAAGAAGAUGUGGACGAGUGGGUCCAAGAGAACUUGCGUAAAACUGGAUUGCCACCAUUUCCAGUUUGAGUGUUCUGCUAGAUAAACUGCAUUGUCUUUUUCUUAAUUUCCGUAUUGCAAAGAAAACUCAUGGCUAUUUA